AUGGUUUCGGUCUCAUACUCCACUGACUUUCCUCCACUCCCUGGUUCGGGAGGACCUGUUUUCUCUGCUCCUCCUGGACUUAACUUCCUCUCCAACCUUACCAACAAAGAUCCUAUUGCUUCGAAGUUUUCUCUCUCUUUUGUUCCUCCUGCUCCAAAGAUCCCCUUUUCAGCUGGUGAGCUUCAGCUUGGGACGUCCGACUGGAGUUUAUCGCUUGUUGGUUACUUUGUUGGUCCGAGGCCAACUUAUUUAAGCUUGCAGAAUGUGGUCCAGAAAGCAUGGAACCCCAAAGGUGCGAUCGACUUGCUUUCUUUAAAUGAUAAUCCUAAGUUCAUCCCCAAGCGCGAUGAGUUCACCUCCAUUCCUAUCUGGGUAAAGAUUGUUGACCUUCCGCUGGCUGUUUGGAAUCCUCUGGGCAUUUCCAAAAUUGCUAGUUUUAUUGGCCAUCCUUUAGCAGUCGAUGCUUUAACUGCUCGAAAAACUCGUCUAACCUUUGCUAGGGUCUGCGUCUUGGUGACAAGCAAAUCUACUUUUCCAGACGAAAUUCCUAUCUCUUUAGACGGUGAUGAUGUCAACCUUAAAGUCAUUUAUGACUGGAAACCCACGCCCUGUUCUGGCUGUGGUUCACUUGUUCACCCUCCUAAUCUGUCCCAAAAAUCCUCAACCGAAAGCGAUGAUCCCUUUUCAACCCAUAGCCAGAAGCAAAAGCAGACCCAGAGCUGCAACAAUUUUGACAAUUCUGGUCCGAGUUUUAUUUGGCUGAAAUGGAAUCCUUCCGCUGUCACUUUUCAAAUGUCUCAAUGCUCUACCCAGUUCAUCCAUGGUAUUGUUUCUACUCCUCAUUCUGCUUCUUUUGCCUUAACUGCGGUUUAUGCUGCCAACUCUUUGGCAGAAAGAAUUUCUCUUUGGAAAGAGUUGGCUCAAAUUGCGGAGGGGAUGUUAUUUGAUUCUGGAACUUUUGAACUUUCAUCCACUGGUUUGAAUUUCACCUGGUUUAAUCAAAGAUCUGAUGAUCCUAUCCACAUCAAGUUAGACAGAAUGAUUGUUAACUAUGAUUGGCUUGUUAAAUUCCCCAUUUCCUAUUAUAAAGUCGAACCUCCUGGCUGCUCUGACCACUCUCCCCUUAUUCUAUAUUCGGGCAAUCUGCAUAAGCCUGCUGGGAGAUUCUUAUUUAAGAACUACUGGAUACAUAUGGAGGGGUUUUGGGAUUGUGUUUUAUCUGCUUUCUCUACCCAUACUUCUGCUAGCCCUAUUGCCAAUCUCUAUCUGAAGCUAAAAACGUUGAAGAAUUGUUUAAAGAAAAGAAAUUGGUCCUCUGCCAAUUUCUUACAGGAUAAGGUUAGGUUGUUGGAGCACAAUCAAAGUAGAUGUCUGGAACUUUUGCAAAGGGACCCUCUUAACCCUGAACUUAAUAUCUCUCUUAAAGAAAUCAAUUCCUCUCUGGGUUUUUACCAGAAAGCUUGGACCAACUGGAUAAUGCAAAGGGGGAAAGCUAAAUGGCUGUCUAAUGGUGAGGAUGACUUGGGUUAUUUAUAUGCAAGGAUUAAAUCGAGAGGCAACUCCAACUGUAUCAAAGUUAUUACUACUGUCGAAGGGGUGUUUACCUAUCCCUCUGAUAUUGCUCGUGCUACUGUUAGCCGUUUUAAAGGGAUUUUUAAUGCCACUCCUCCCCCCCUCAUGAAUGGUGAGAUCAUCUAUCCUAAAGGCUCUGUUAUUCCUCAAGACCAACAAUCCAUUCUUAUUAACCAGGUGACUAAUCAGGAGAUCAAAGAGAUUAUUUUCUCGGGCUCCAAAUCCUCUUCCCCUGGGCCCGACGGAUAUACCUAUGAAUUUUAUAAAUCUACUUGGAGCAUCACGGGGCACUAUGUUUGCCAAGCUGUUAAAAUUUUUUUUGAAACUGGAUCUUUCCCCAACUCUGUUAAAGCCACGGCAAUUGUUCUUAUUCCCAAGACUUCCCACGCCUCUCAUAUCAAUGAGUUUAGACCCAUCUCCCUUUGCAAUACCUUUUACAAAAUCAUUGCAAAAAUUUUGGUGAAUAGGAUGAAACCUUUUAUGCCUAAUAUCAUUCAUAACAGCCAGUUUGGGUUCAUCAAGGAUCGGUUAGCCAUUGAUAACAUUAUUUUGGCAAUGGAAAUUUUGAAAGAUUUCAAGAAUACUUUUGGGAAAGAUUACUUCUGUGCUAAGUUGGAUAUCAAGAAAACUUUUGAUUGCAUUUCUACAGAUUUUAUCAUUUCUAGAAUGCACGAGAAAGGCUUUCCUCCGAAGUUCAUUUCGUGGAUCAAAGGUUGUAUUUUUUAUGUGCCUUUUUUAGUUUGCAUUAACGGUGCUCUCCAAGGUUAUUUCACUUCUACUUCGGGUUUAAGACAGGGGUGCCCCCUCUCCCCCCUUCUUUUUGCCAUUGCUAUGGAUGCUUUCUCUGGAUAUCUGGAUGGUAGGAUUCAAUACUUGAAAUUUACGAUUGCCAACACGAUUGCGUAUUGGAUUCGGGGAGCUAUAAUACCUAAAGCUGGUUGUAAAAUCAUUGAUAGAAUGUGUGCUAGAUUCUUAUACCAUGGGUCCAUUACUGAGAAGAAACUUCAUCUGAUAUCCUGGAAGAAAACUACCAUGCCUUACUGCUUGGGGGGUCUUGGCAUACCUGACUUAAAAUCCAUGUACUUUAGGUUUGCUAGCACUUUCCUGUGGAGAUUCUACUUAUUUAAAACCCCUCUUAAUAGCUGGUACAAGUUGAAAUUUGAUUCUCCUUUUAAACCCAUUAGUUCUAAGGCCUCUCAUUACUGGAAACUUAUUUGCUCUAUUGCUCAAUCUAUUAAGAACUCUCUGAAUUUCCAUGUUACUGAUUCGGACUGCUCCCUGUCUCUCCUUUGGGAUCCUUGGGUGAAUGGGCAAUCUUUGGCUGAUCUUAACCUGCAUUGUUUUCCGAAUAACAUGAUGGUUUGCAACCUGGUGGCUAAUGGCAUCUGGGAUUUGAGAAAUGUUCAUGUUCAAUUGCAACAUAUUUUAAAUGCUAUUCCGAUUCAGGUGGGGGGCAAUGUGAUUUCCUGGACUGGGAAAGGAGUUCCUAAUUUCAAAACUUUUUCUAGGAAGUUUUUUGGGGAAAUUAUUGAAGUCCCUUGGCAUAAAUAUAUAUGGCAUAAACAUUUUGCCAUCCAUUACUCUUCUUACACUUGGUUAGCUAUUAAUGAGGGGCUUAAAACUGCUGAUGUUUUAGCUGCUAGAAGGAUUCAUAUUAACACUCGCUGUUACUUUUGUCAUACUGAAGAUGAAUCCACCUCCCACCUGUUUUUCCAAUGCCCGUUCUCUUUCGCUGUCUUACAAUCACUGAUUCCCGAAGUGAGAUGUUUCCUUUUAAGGCCUAAUAUCCUGCAACUUUUUGAAUAUUUUGAGGAUUUUCAAGUUUUUGGCGCUGCUGAGCGAAAUUUCUGCUACCUCUCUAUAUGCUGUUUGGUUUAUUUUCUGUGGAGAGAGAGGAAUGAUAGGAGGUAUGGUGGCAUUCAUAGCACUGUUUUUGCCGUCAGCCACAAAAUUUCCAGGGCCAUUUCGGCUAAAGUUUCCAAAUGGAAACACGUUGAUAGCUUACAAAUCACUUUCCCCAACUGUUUUUCUGGGAGAUAUUACCAACAGGCAGAGAAUUUUUGA